AUGGCCAUGAAGUUGCUGUUGGUUUUGGUACUGGUGGGCGCAGUGUCUGCUGUCACCGAGGAGGACAAUUUCGUCAACCCCGCAAUACCUGGUCUUGCCGUUAGAGCCGGGACCACAUUCCUCUUCAGCAGCACAGCUACAGUAACUCGGACAUUGGAGACACAAGUCACCACAUUAGCAACAUGCGUGGCUCCCGCCUCCAACCUGCCCACCUGUUCCGCCAGGGCUGAUGCCCGAAUCUUCGCUUUCUUCCCAACCUCUUUAGAUCAAAGAAACGAGUUACCUGAAGCCCGCGCAUUUAAUCACCUUGAGCCUUCUUUCGAGUCUGGUCUUCUAGUUGAUCAUGGCCGUAUCAUCGAGUUUUUGCCGCCGAUCGGCCUUCUGACAGUGGUGACCAAUAUAGCUUGGGAGAUCAAGGUCACUGCCACCGUCAGCCAUCCAACUAACACCGUCACGAUCUCCUUGGCUGGGUGCGUGCCCGAGACACUCCCCUUCAGCGCCGCUGUCUGUGUCGCGACGGGUACAUCGACCACGACCACAGCUACGACUACUUCUGGUGGAACCACAGCUACAAGUACAAGUACGACUACCACUCCAACGGCUACGACUACUUCUGGUGGAACCACAGCUACGGGUACAAGUACGACUACCACUCCAACGGCUACUACUACUAGUGCAACCAUGACCACUAGUACAGCUCCUACCACUACUUCGGUGGCGAGUUCAACCCCUACCACUAGUAUAACCCCAGCUGCAACUGCGAGCACUACUCCUGCGACAACGACCACAAGCGCCACCACAUCCUCAACACCAACCAUGGUCUCUUCUGUAGCCGCAACUGUAACAUCGACUGUGACAACGACAUCCGUCUUAACUGUGACAGCGACUCAGACUGUAACAGCGACGGUAAUAUCCAUUCCGCCGACGGUAACCACAACUGCAGCUACCUCCUCAAGCACAAGCUCAGUGACCAAUCCAACCGCGACGCCGACCCCGACCUCGAGCCUCGCACGUACAGAGUCCUCUCUGGCACCUUAUUAAUCUAGAGGGAUUGGAACACCAAGGAACCUUUUGAUCUAAUCUCGUGUAUCACAUAUAGUGUCCUAUAUGUAAAUUGCUCGUACUGGCACUGCAAAGGGGAAUGCUAGUGCUUUACCUUUUUCUAAAACAAUAACUGUAGCAGACCCAAUUUUCACGCUGGAAUUGAUAUGGUAAUAUAAUGAUACAGAGACUUCUUGUUUGGAACCUCAGACUGCAUAAUGAUGGACAUUAUGCAUAUCAUGAAUAUAAAAGACGUGAUGAUUUAGAGGCAAUGCCUAACCCUUAUUUUGUGAUACAAUGCAUUAAGUGAACAA